CGCCCGCAGGGUCCCAUCGCCGCUACUCGACAUGAAGGUCGCUGCUGCCGUUCCUUCGCCGCUGCCCGCCGGUCCCGGUGGGGCACUGAAAGCCAUGCGGCCCGGGGAAGCCGCCCGCUGUGGGCCGGGCCCGGGAGCUGUAGCUGCUGAGCAGGCGGCCGCCGCGCUGCUGUAUGACAUGAAGGGCUGUUACUCGCGUCUUCGGGCGCUGGUGCCCACCUUGCCGCGGCACCGAAGGGUCUCUAAAGUGGAGCUCCUGCAGCAUGUGAUCGACUACAUCUGGGACCUGCAGCUGGCGCUGCAGCCCGGCCCUCCUCGGCCCCCCGCUGCUGCUGAGCCUCCCGAGGCUCCGUGCAUGGCCGCUGCCGACCGCAUACUGUGCCGCUGAGAGAGACCUCCACGGACCCGAACGGGGCCCCCCGCGCACGGACCGGACCGGCAACUGUGGGUUGUGCCGAAGUGCACGGAAUGGCCGCCCCUACGGAGCCGAUGGCCGCGGCUCGUAACCUUCUCAGAUUGCUGAGAGCAUUCCCUGUAUUGUAUAUUACAAUGAUGCUGGAGAAUAUUGUUCUACAAUAGCUGGAGUUUUGUUAUUAAACAAGCCCUGAUUACCA